GUGUAAUCGUCAUAAUAAUAGUGUAAAUACUAUAGAACGUGAAAUACACGGCGUUCUAGAAGCUCGGUCUAAAAAUACCGAUCGACGUUCUUUUUAAAAGAAAUAAACUCGUCAACCAUCAAAAUUGCAAUCCGCUCGUCGGAAUCGCGCGCUUCCUGAUUUCGCCACGGCAAAAGAUCAGAUAAAACAAAUAAUAAUAAAAAAAAAAAACCAUAAUAUUACGGUUGUUUGACGAAGCGGGGCGGAUUCUCGCGAUAAUAAUAAUCGGAAGAGGGGAGUGAGUUCGCCGAAGGUAACGGCCCCAAACACGGGGACGCCUUCCACAGAAUUGAAAUUGUUGGUUGCUUGCGUUAUAAUAACCCGUGACGUCACGCGUAGUCUUUUGCCUCCGGUCUGGGAUGAGUAGUUUUGAAAACAAGUAGAGAAGUUCAGCCUGCCUGCCGUACGUUCGUUGGUCGGUUGGUGUUUUUUUUUUCCAUCGUGGUGCGAAGAGCAUUGUUUUGUGCUGCGCGUUUUUUUUUUUUCGAUUGAAGAGUGUUUUCUGAAACGCUGUUGUCCCCGCAGCGGAACGGCAGUAUAUACGAGUGAUCGUGAAAAGGGUGAAAUAAUAAACUCCCUAGUGAAUCGUAGUCAGGCAAAGGUGGUAGGAAAGAACAAAACAAACCAUAAUAAUAGUAAAUAAAAAUACAAACAAAAACAAAAGAGGCAAAACAGUCCGCUUUAAAAUGGACGCGCUCAGGGAACAGGUGAUGAUUAAUCAGUUCGUUUUGGCAGCGGGAUGCGCCAGGGAACAGGCCAAGCAGCUUCUUCAGGCGGCGCAUUGGCAAUUCGAGACCGCGCUCAGUAUAUUUUUCCAAGAAGCAGCCAUACCUUCCUGUGCCCAAGGGCCUGGGACACAUUUUGGACAGAUCACACCCUGCAAUACUCCAGCUACACCUCCAAAUUUUCCAGACGCUCUAUUAGCGUUCUCCAAGAUGUCGGCAGGGGAUAAAACGCCGUCUGGCAUGUCUCCUAGUCAGAAUGGCCAAGUACCACAGCAGCAUCCUGGUGGUAGGUGUAGCGUUUCUGGUACGCAGCAGCAAACCAGCCAAUCUUUUGGACUUGGGGAGCCACAGAGAUAAAACAAACCUACCUGCGUGCAAUAUAAAUUGCAAAUGUAAUAAUAAUAAUGUUACGCUCCCUGAGAAAUAGGAUGCAGAUUGCCGUGAGAAGUUUUGUUCUUUAGAAACGGCUAUUGUCCAGAGUGUGGCGGAAAAGAGUUCCAUCCGGGGGAUGGUCGGCGUGUGGCGAAUUGCUUGAAUUUUUUGAUAUCAUUAUGAAAUGGCGUGUAACCCACAGCUAGCACUGUAACUAGACGUUUAGUAACCAUGUACACGCAACUCUCAAAAAAAUCUGACAUAUCCUUUCUAGGCUGUAGAUUCUUUAGGUGUUUACUAAUUCUACUGCUUUUCAUAGUCGAUCUAAUAUGCCGGAGAGAAGUGUUCGAUCCUUUCGAGGUAUUUAGUAAGUUAGAAAUGUAAAGUUUCUUAAAGUACCUGAAUACCGAAGUUGAACACCAAAUUUCGAGUUACUUUUCUUUUUUGAGUGAUUCAAAAGUAAUAACACAUGGCCAUCCCCAAAUAACAGGGAAAACAAACUAAUAGAUAAAAAAGAUAGAAAUGGACAAAAAACUGCUGCUACUGUGUACGUUAUCCUUUUAACGUAACAAUUAAAUAAUUGUUUACCUGCACUCGAAUAGUUGCUAAUAGAUACGAUGAUUCGUUUUUUAUUGUUAUCAUAUUUAUUAGGCAAAUCAUUUUAUUGUGUCUUCUGUUUACUCCGAUGUUCUCAGGCACAAAAAAUCGGAGUGUUCUAUCGGAAAGAUGCAUCGAGUAGCUAUUCUGAUGGAAUACGAACCUUCUGUUCAAACUUUCUAUUUAAGCGUAUGUGAGAAAAUCCGACAAGAUAGAUAUCCAUUAAUUUUACACAAGUUUGAUUUAUUUGUUCCGUCACCUUCAGAAUCUAUGACAAAGGCUCAAAAUCUUUGUGUGAAAAAUGCUCCGAUAUCAGCUUGAGAAUAAAAUGUCUUUGGUUAUAAGCUGGAGGCUUUUUUGAUCGUUAAGUUUAACUUCUAUUUAACUUUAUUUAUACUAACUAAUAUUUAAAUGUCCUGUGACGACGGAUGAGUGGAUAAAAACUUGCUUCCGAGUUAUCCAAAUUCCUGUUUUUGAGCACAUUGUUUUUUUCAGUUAUUUAGUGGUUAAAUUUUACAUUUACAACUGCCCAUUUCACUGUAAUUUUAAUAAGAGAACAUUGCUCGCAGCAUUGACUGCCGUUGAAUUUUUUCUCUAGGUUAAAACUCCACGCAACGAAUUUUUAUCUGUAAAAGACGAAUGAAAUUCAGUCUGAAAGGCUUGUAACCAAACGCAUGAAAAAAUGAUACAAUCAACUGUGACCUUUAACAAACUGUGUAAUUGAUAACAUGCGCGAAAAGUGUAGUGAUAUUGUAAAUUGUAAGAAUCGUUCGCGAAAGGUUGUAGUCAAGUGACAACAAAUUAACGAUUAAUCAUAACUGUAAAUGUAGUCCACUGCUAAGAUUGAACGAAGAGAAAAAGCAGAGGCCAACCGACGAUAGGAACGAGAUCAAUUUGACGCGCGGCUGGUAUUUGUUUUCAUCUGCGUUGAUCAGAGUCGGUAGUAUUCACCUCCUGAGUUCACAUUUUGCGUAAAUCAUUGUAAGCCCAUCGAACCAUGUCCGUAGGUACUAUUAUUUGUUAAGACUAUAUUAUCGCCAUAAUUACUGUCGCAAACUAAGCGUGCUCCGUGCGCACAACACGAGACGACCGUAUAUCGAUUGUUUAACGAUAUGUACGGGAGGGAAGUCAGAGAAAAUUUGACGAAUCGAACUGAAAAAAAGAGAAGCAGAUGGAAGCGACCGGGAAAGAGAACGUGAUGAGCGAUUAUUCGAACUCAAUGUAAUUGUACGAUGUUUUAAAACAUUUCUACGCCGCUGAUUUCGGUAGAGAUUGAGGUUCGAGUAAAUUAUGGGCAAAAAAUUUCCCGAGCUUCUUCACAGAUUCCGUGCAUAUUUUCGUCUUUGCCUUACCGAAGGUAACACGACGAUCGAAGCGUUUCUUUCUGGAAGUAUUUAGCCAGAAAUGUUCUUUGACAAUAACUUUUGACCUGCGUAAAUUUGUAACCAUGUUUUUUCUCUUCUCCGUAUUUUUCGAUUAUAAUUUAUUAUUUUUUUCUAUUCUUACAAGGUAGUUUCUUUCCAUUUGUAUCUUCUCAUUUGCUUUUUCUAUUAACCUACGUAUUCAGGUACGUAAACACGAUACGUUCAACCUCGCGUGGCUUGAACGAUUAUUUAUUGGAUAAAAUAACUAUAGAGUUUCAUUCACGUUGAAAUGGUCUAGUGCCGUAUUUUGCUAUCAACUACAGAGCAACUUUAGUUAUUAUUUUGCAACAAUUUAAUUGAUUAGUUGUAAUCACUUCGUGGAAUGGUAGCAAAUUAUCUGAACACUCGACCCCUCAAAUCCUGAACAAAUAGCUCUCUACUGUAUCCAUAUAAUUGAAGGCAAAUUUCUUUUCUUUUUUUUUUCUUUCUUCGUUUUGAUUGAUGGUGAUCGAUUUUUUUGUCGUCUUUCGGUCGUUCUAGUCGAAUUGAAAAAAAUUAAUGAAUAAAUAGUAAUAAAAAGUAAGAGAAAGAGGCUUGACGAUGAGUAUUUCUCGCUUGUGAGGCGAUUAUUGUUUUUUCAUGAAUUAUCCGGUUUCAUGAUCUACUUGUUUAUAUUUUGAGAAAAACCGUUGACGUUUGAAGGUCCGUUACAAUUGUGUUGUGAUGUUUGCUGCUACUCUAUCGAUGCUAAUAUUUCGUGUAAAUAAAAUUAGAGAAUUAGAAAUAUUACGCGACGUUUUAUUGAAGACGAGCUCUAAUACUCCUGAGCAUUUCCUUACGUUUAAUUGUAACGAUUCAUACCUAUAGAUAUAAUUUAUGUAUAAAUAAAAACAUUUAAGAUUAUUACAGUUAUAAAAAUCGUUUUAACUGAUUACUACAGUAAUUAUAUAUAUUAAAAAGAUUAUUGUUCGUGUAAAUAAUUACAAAUAACUAAAUAAAUACUGAAUAAUGGUG